AUGGGGAAGAACCAAGACCAGUAUGAUGCGUACACGAAACUGGAGCUGGAUGGGCUCUCAGGCGAGCUCAAGGACUGGUUUCUCAGCCGCCGAAUCGAGAUGGAACGCGGUCUGUCAAUCAAGAAGGCUCUUGAUGAAAAGAACUUCACUGGUAGAAAUAUCACUUGAUUUUUUUUUACAUCCAUCUUCAAGGCGUUUCUAUGACGAAGUAUGCUCACUUCAUGAGUUUGAAGAUCUCUUUCCGCGUUUUUAUCUGUUCUAAAAAUUGAAACUCGUCAAGCUGAAGAAUUCAACCUUGCACGCUGUCGCAGCUGCAUCGAGAACAAGAAGGGUACGCAGCGUGUUGUAUCUUUGCAGGUCUUUCACUGAACAAUUCUGCUCUCCCGCCGACGCAGCGCGUCAUAUGGGGAGACUUGGUAUUUGGCAAGCCGGUCCUGGAGAGCGGUUUGUCCCAGAGCGCAAAGGUCAUGAAGGCCGAGAUGUACCUCAAAACGUUCCGCGACGCCACGGACAUGGACCAUUUGUGCAGAAUACCUGGUAUAAGCUGCAUGAUCUACGAUAGAUAAUGACGGUCAACGCAAUUUCGAUGUCAUGUUUCUUUGCAGCAGCUGAAUUAUCUUCGAUGUGAAGAUGUUGACAGAGACGUUUUUUUGCGACGUAUGCAACGAAAUAUCAAAUUAUGAAUAUCUCUCAGGCUCUGCCUACCUCCGCUGCCUACGCGACACAGCGGUCAGCGGAGAAGCGUCGGAUUCCAAAUGCACGGAUGCCUUUGCUGCUUUCGAUACCUGUCGCAAAGGCCUUAUCGCACGACAAGACGAGGCGCUGCAGAAGAGUACGGCUUUAUGUUACAACUUUUGGAUCAAAAAGUUUGAGCUUCGUCAUACAUGUUUUGUGGGAAGAAAAUAAACAUCAGCGAAGGAAAUCCUUAGGUCUGGCUGUGGGUAUGUGUUGACAUCGUGUGUCAUUAUUUUUUUGGGCGAAAAAACCCAACAGGUAUUAUGAAGCAGGACAUAGCAGACCAUCGAGCAAAAGCCAUCUUCGAGCGUAGGAGCAUACUACUGGACACUGUCACUGCGUAAGCGAAAGUGUGAGCAGGUGCAAGGGAAGCUACUGUCUCCGAUUCCGAGACCGCUGUGCUCGUUGGUUCCAUGCUGCUAGUUCUUUCGAAUAUUCGUGUGCACCUGACGAGAUGCAGCCUGCUUCAAUUGCAACGUGGCAUCAUGACGAAAAAGACAAAACAUUAAUGAGUUUGAUUAGGCACUUCUGCCACAAACACGGGGCUCGAGUGAAGGAACUUCUUUGCAGCCGCGAUUGCGUCGCUGACUUUGACUUUCUUGGACCCAGGCCAUCGUUUAUCGUGCGUUGCUAAGUGUCA